AAUGUUUUGUUUUGUUGAUUGUUUAUUCUCGAUUUCUCGUUUCAUACGAUCAUGUUAUCGUGUGUUUGUGACUAAAGCAACGGAAUAAAACAAUAUAGGUACAUAAACAAAAGAUAUUAACGUAAUUUAGACUCAAAAGUUUAGACAAAUAAGGUUUAUAUUACCUUAAACAACAUGAUGCAGUUUGGAUUGAUGUGAUAAACUUGCUAGUAAACAGAAUUUACACAGAUUCUUCUCAAAUCAUAACAAUGAAUCCAACAACCUGGUACUGCCGGCUCUGUGCUGGAUUAAAAUUACGCGCCAAGUUAGUAAACUUGCAAGCCCACGAGGAUUUAUGCCAAGAAAUCAUCAACAGACUCUCAAGGUUCCACAUAACAAUGGACUUCCAAGACAACAUAUUACCUAAAACUGUGUGUCUAGUCUGUAUAAAGUCAUUGGAACAAGCUUUUAAGUUUAUUUGCGCUGUUGACGAAGCACAGGGCUUUCUAAGUGAUUUUGUAAUGGUGAAAUACAAUGAGAGAGAAUUGGAACAAAAUCCCGUCUCCUACGAACUGAUUGGUACUGAUAACUGUACUCCCAAACCUUUAGAGAGUGCUCAGGAUCCUAUGGAAGUAAAUGUUGAAGAUUGCCAUUCAACUGACCAAGUUAAAUGUGAAAAAGACAGUGAUGAUGACUGCAAUGAUUAUGUUAUUAAAGAAGAGCCUGAGAAUGAGGGAUUUAUGCCUGUUGUUACCAAAACCUGUAUAAUUGAUGAUACUGUCACCAAGCCUGUCUAUAUUGAGAUAAAUGUACCAGUGAAUAACAUCCCGGUAGAUAAUAUUGAUAGUAAAACAACAAUAGUUACAAAACAUGAGGAAGAUAUUAAAAAUCAUGUCAUAAGUCAAGAUGAAAAUACUGAUACACAUGCCAAUGAAACCGCAGACCAAGAAACCACAAUCAAAAAGGAAAAAACUAAGAAAAUUAAGGUAAACACACCACUAAAGAAAACUACUGAAGCAAAGAGUGUUUCGAACACUGGAAUCUAUUCAGAAACUGAAGUAAAAGAAUUAAUUGAAAACUUAGGCUAUGUGCCUGAACAGUACAUCACAAAGACCUGGCAGGACUGCCUCUGGCAAUGUUCUCAAUGUGGAACCCAAUUCACAAGUAUGGAGGACCUCCAGAAACACUCCAUGGAGUUUCACAGUAGCUGUAACCCUUACAAAUGUGUUGAUUGCACCACUCGGAGCUCAAAUCUCAAGAUUUUCCUUAACCAUGUUCAGAGACACCACAAAUACCUUCGCUACUCAUGUUACAAGUGUUUUAAGAUAUUCUCUGAUCCAGCAGAUGUAUUAAAACACAGAAAUAAAACUCACAAGCUCCCCAACAUGUGUAAAGGAUGCUAUAGCAACUUCCCCAGUAAAGAACAAUUAAAGAAACAUACAGACAAAUAUUACAAAAAAAUAUGGGAUGCAAAGAAAUACAACAGUUUGAGAACUGAUAAUGCAACAUGUAGAAUAUGCCAUAAAACUUUUAAGGAAUACACAUGUUAUAAAAACCAUUUUGUGAGUCAACAUACUGAGCAGAGUCGCGAUAAUAUGUGUGAUGUAUGCGGCAAGAGUUUUAAAACUAAAGCUAGUCUUAGUAAACAUGUUGCGAUACAUAAUAAUCUGAAUAAGUUUCACUGUGAUAUUUGUGAUCAACAAUUUAAAAGUCGGCACGGUCUAGCGUAUCAUAAGGAUGCAUGCCAUAACACGGGCAAAUUAUUCAUUUGUGAUGUUUGUGGCAAAAGUUUCCGAGUGAAGAGUCGAAUACAAGCGCACAUUAUAAUCCACAGUGACAAGUUUUCAUAUUCCUGUAGUGUGUGUGAAAAGAAGUUUCGUAACAGCACUAAUUUGAAGAACCAUAUGGUGCAGCAUAGUGGGGCGAAGCCCUACCCUUGUAGUAUUUGCUUGAAAGAUUUCGCGAAUCUCUCCAAUCGUAACAAGCACGUGAGACGGAAACAUGGUAUUGAAUUGGCAAAGAAGAGACGAUAGGAACCAGCGGCCAGUGACUAACGAAAACCAGGAAAUAACAGAAGCAGAAACCAGCUCAUAGCUAUUACUGCCUCGUUGGUCGAGUGGUCGCAAGUACGACUGCCGGAUAAGGGAUCUCAGGUUCGAUUCCCGGGUCGGGCAAAGUAUUACUGGAUUUUUUUCGAAACAUUCUCAGUAGUGUCACGGGGCCUGGAAAUGUGCCCAGUAUAUGGCAAUAGUCUCACCCUCUAUCACAUGGGACUUAUAACACAAAUGGUGUACAUUGUACACUGGCAUUACGUGCCGUAAUGUGCACCUUUUCUAACCCCUCGGGGAUAAAAGGCGUGACGUAGUGUUGUAAACUGAAAUUGUAGUUACCAUCAAAAACUUAGAUCGAUUCAUUUUGGUUUGAGUUUGGUUUUUUGGUACAAAUUGCUUAGCACUGGUGAAAACGGACGCUACAUAACACAUUUCUGGCGGAAAAGGACCCAAAUAUUGUUAGAAAUGUGGGUACCUACGAAUAACAUCAAUCCCAACUUUCUGUAUCUGUAUAAAAUUUAUUUAGGGCAGUCAAUACGUCGUCGUGGUACGUGGUAGUACCUAUGUGGAUACUGUUUUAUUUUAGAGAAUUAGGUAUGUGAGAAAAUAAAACCCAUUUCA